AUGGAGGAAGAGGUAUAUGUGUCUCCAAACCUAGAGGAUUUGAAGUACAAGGCCCCAAGAGCAUGGUAUGAGAGGUUAGACACUUGGUUUCUUUCUCAAGGCUUUCAUAAAAGUCUAACAAAGCACACCUUGUAUAAGAAAUCUAACAAGCAGUUUGAAACAUUACUGGUGUGUGUAUAUGUGGAUGAUUUGAUUUGUUUGGGAUCCGCAAUUGAAGCUGUUGAUCAAUUUAAAGAAGCUAUGAAAAAAGAGUUUGAUAUAACAUACUUAGGUGUGAUGAAAUAUUUUUUGGGAUUGGAAGUGCAUCAAAGUGGGAAUGGUAUUCAUGUUUCACAAAAGAAGUAUGCCAAAGAUUUAUUGAGGCAAUUUGGUAUGCAGAAUUGUAAGUCAGUGGGUGUUCCAAUGGCUCAAAGCACAAAAUUACAGUUGAGUGAUGAUGCAAAGAGUGUUGAUGCAACUAUGUACAGAAGUUUGAUUGGUAAACUCUUGUAUUUGACACACACCAUGCCUGAUUUAGUGUAUUCAGUUAAUUUACUAUCAAGACAUAUGGCACAACCUACCAAAUUUCAACUUGGGGUUGCUAAACAUGUUCUGAGGUAUGUAGCUGGUACUUAUGAUUAUGGAAUUCAAUAUAACAGUAAUGUGGAUUGUGUACUUGAGGGCUAUUGUGAUAGUGAUUGGAGUGGAGAUACACAAGAUAGAAAGAGCACAUCUAGUUUUGUUUUAUCUCUAGGAUUUGGAGCAGUGUGUUGGUCAUCAAAAAGACAAGAAAUUGUGGCUCUUUCAUCUAUAGAAGCUGAGUAUAUUGCCUUGAACGCAACGUGUUAUCAUAGUAUAUGGAUGGAGAAGAUUUUGGUUGAUUGUAAUGUGAAUUGUGAUGCUGCAGUCCAGAUCUAG